AUGAGAUUAGAGUGGAAAAGGUUGGGUGUCGGUGGUUCACCUGAAGCCAGAUGGGGACAUGUCACCGUCAGUCUGAGUAACGGUGCAUUCCUGGUGUUUGGUGGCAAUGGUAAUAAGACAUUCAACGAUCUAACGCUGUAUAACAGCGGAUCAAACAGCUGGUCAAAGAUAGAACCUCAGGGUAAUCCACCUGCACCGCGCUACGGUCACAGUGCAACGCCGUUUGGUCAACAGAUUCUGAUCUACGGUGGACGUGCCAACAGUAAACCAUUCUCUGACGUAACGGUACUACAACACCAAGGUGGUGAUCGCUUCAAAUGGCUGAAAUCACAACAUCAACACAAGUCACCCGAGGGUAGAGCCGGUCACACCGCCAUUGCAUACAACAAUCAACUCAUUGUAUUCGGUGGUCACAACUCUUCACGUAACAAAUAUUACAACAGUGUUUUAACAUUUAAUAUAGAUACAGGAAAUUGGGAUCAACCAACAUGUGAUGGUGCCGUUCCACCUGCACGUGGAUCACACUCUACUUUCCAAGUCGGUAAUCAUAUGUAUGUUUUCGGUGGAUUCGAUGGUAAAAAGUAUUAUAAUGAUUUACAUUGUCUAGAUUUAGAAUGUAAAGGUAAUUCACCGAAACCACGUUCAGGACAUAGCAGUACGUUGAUGGGUGAUCGUUUGGUAAUAUUUGGUGGCUGUGGAUCGGAUUCAAACUUUUUGAAUGAUGUACAUUUGUUGUCGCUCGACGAUAUGCGUUGGGAACAACCGGUGAUGGCCGGUAUGGAGAAUCCACAUCCGAGGUUUAGACAUACUGCCAACUCGAUGGGACAAAACAAAGUGUUUAUAUAUGCUGGUACUGGAUCUGCGUCGGAAGAUCAAUUACUAACGAUGCCAUCGACUACGACAACAUCUACAGCUACUGCAUCCAAUAAUAAUGCAACAGCUAAUCAAUCUACAACUUCACCACCACCACCAACAACUACAACAACAUCUACAACUGCUACUUCAAUACCAACAUCAACAACAACAACAACCACAAACAAUCCUGUUGUAAUUACAACAACAGGGAAUAAUAAUGGUAAUGGUAUUAAUAAUACCGGUGGAACUACACCACCUAAUAGUAGUGCUGCUUCUAUUAUGAUGACAACAACUUCACUUAUAACGACAACGACAACAACCACGACAACCUCUUCAUCUUCUUCAACUUCACCUUCACCUUCACCAUCUCCAUUAUCAAGUUCACCUCCUAAUACAUCAACGACUACACAUCAAUCACCUAUUCAAAUAACAUCCGAUAGUUUCCAAUCUGGAUUCAUUGUACAACAACCACAAACACAACAACAACAACAUUCACAACCACAACAACAACAACAACAACAACAACAGCAACAUUCACCAUCACAUCAAUCUUCACAUUCACAUCAACAACAAAUAAUAAAUAUCUCACCAGAACGACCGAGACAACGAGAUAAAGUCACUGAAGGACAGUCUGGCAUUUGA